AUGAAUGUGUGUGUGUGUGUGUACUCUCUAGGAUUGUUUGAGGAGAAGUACGUGGAACUGAGCUGUCUUGGCCAAGGUGGCUUCGGCUCAGUCUACGCUGGACUCCGUAUAGAGGACAACCUGCCUGUGGCAGUCAAGCAUGUUCCCAUUGAUAAGGUGAUAAACACACCUGUGACCCUGGGUGGGAAGCUGGGCCAGCUCCCCCUGGAGGUGGUGCUCCUACUGAUUGUAGGACAGGGUGGGGCGGACAUGGCUGAGAAGGCCAGGGGUAAGGAGGUGAGGGGUGAGGCCAGGUUUGGAGGGGGAGGAGACGGUCAGGCAGCAGUGGAGCUGCUGGACUGGUACGAGCUGGACCAAGAGCUCAUUAUAGUUAUGGAGAGGCCUGUACCUGCCGUGGAACUGUUUGACUAUAUCCAGGAGAGAGGAGGAUAUCUCCCAGAGGAUCAGGCCAAGAUCAUUCUGAGGCAGCUGGUUGAGGCCAUGGUCAAUUUUCAUUCUUGGGGUGUCCUCCACCGAGAUAUUAAGCCAGAGAACCUUCUGGUCGAGACCGGUUCUGCAGUUCCACGGAUUAGGGUUCUGGACUUUGGCUGUGGCUGCAUUAUUCAAGAAGCACCCUACACCGAGUUCCUUGGGACCAAAAUGUACAUCCCUCCUGAAUGGUACCUCCAUGGUUCCUACCAGGCGGUUCCAUCCGCUGUCUGGCAGCUGGGGGUACUGUUAUAUAACAUGCUGUCUGGGAUAUUCCCCUUUCGCACACCCGACCACGUCCUUUAUUGUGAUCCUAUCCCUACCAUGGAUGGGUUUUCCAGCCAAUGUAAGAACCUGCUGAAAUUGUGUUUGGCAAAGUGCCCCAAAGACCGGCCUACUCUAGAGCAAGUCCUUCUCCACCCGUGGCUGCAUCCAGAGGAGGAGAGGAAAGCAGGGAGACAGAAAAAGAGAAAGGAAAGAAGAGAUGCAGAGAGCAGCAGAGGAGGGGAGAGAAAGAGGAAGAGAGUGCUGGAAGAGAGACAGGAUUCGGGGGAGUCUUCGACCGCACUGUCCCUUGAGGACGCCUCGUCUUCGUCCUCCCUCUCCCUGUCCCAGGGCAACACCAAGAGGUGUAGGGUAGAUCCCAGGAGCCCCGAGGUGUCCCCUAAAAACACCACUUCCACAACAAUGACCUCACAUGGUACACAUGGAAGAGUGGGAUGCGGCCUAGACAAGGACCCAGAGGCGAAGCAGGGCUACAUGGAAAGGGAGACAGAACUUGGCAGGGCCCGUGCUGUGUCCACCAUCCCAGAAAUGAGUGAUACAGCACUGCUGCCCAGAGUCCCUCUGCCUGUGCUGCCCAGAGACCCUCUGCCCGUGCUGCCCAGAGACCCUCUGCCCGUGCUGCCCAGAGACCUGAUGCCUGUGCUGCCCAGAGGCCCUCUGCCUGUGCUGCCCAGAGACCCUCUGCCCGUGCUGCCCAGAGGCCUGAUGCCUGUGCUGCCCAGAGGCCCUCUGCCUGUGCUGCCCAGAGGCCUGGUGCCUGUGCUGCCCAGAGGCCUGGUGCCCGUGCUGCCCAGCAACGAGCCCUCUGCUCCUCCUGAGCCCCCAGCAGAGUCCUGGUCGACUCCAGCACCCCCUGAGCACCUCUGCACAUCCAGACGUCCUCCAGGUCUGCCUCCAGAGCUGCCCCGGCUUUUCACCCUGCCUCCUGGCCGGCCUCCAGAAUUGCCCUGGCCUUCGUCCCUGCCCCCCGGUCGUCCUCCCGACCUCCCCACUGUCCCUUUCUACCCCCCGCCCUCCUGA